CUGCGAGAAUCCAAUUAACCUAUAAUGAACCGGUCCGUUUUUUAUUCCUGGCAUUGUCUAUACUGGUUUGCAUGAUCCUAUGUAUCAUAUCCUAUAAGGUGCGACAUAGGAAAGAUUUAACUACUAUUUCUUGCACGGCCAACCACAUAGAGGGUUCCGUGUUGACAAGUGUUUGUAUACCAAAUCAAUUUUCUAUAUAAGCUGACACCCUAAUCAAGAAGACAGCGGUAUCAAUAUGAAGAACACACUAUUUACCAUAGUCUUCACUGCACUGCUUACCUCGGCUGCUGGUUUUGUCUAUAACUGUAGCAAUGAGGACUGUUCUAGUUGUCCUUCUGUGGAAAAUUGUGAGAGAACAAUAAAAUGUGGUUGCUGUAAAAUUUGUGUGGAACUCAUUAAGGAAGGUGAAACCUGCAUCUCUCCAGCCAAAAUAGUUCUGCAAACUCAUAUGGAAUGUGAUUCAGGACUUUUGUGUAAUCCAUUUACCGAGAAAUGUACUGAAGAUCACAGUUUCCUCGAGCAACUGCAAGAGAAAAAGCCUUCACAUAAUGGUUCUGUCAUCUGCCACAACAACAUGUGUUACUGCAGCUUUGAGGGGGAAAUACUUACAGGAUAUUUACCUCUGCCUUACAGUCAUCUUACUGCCAAGUCUUGUAACUGUGCUUUACAAAAAGCUAAAUUCAUGAAAACAAAGUUAAUUGGGAAAAUGUAUAUGUGUACCAAAACUGGUAGCUUCGAGAACCUUCAGUGCACUGGAUCAGUUUGUCAUUGUGUUGAUGACUCUGGAAAACAAUUAAACAAUUCAGAACCAUUUCCUGUAACUGAGAUCGACGGGUCCCAGUGUUAAUUCAGAUUAUAUUUUCCAAAAGGAAGCAUUCAGAUGAUUCUAGUGAUUCAAACUUCAUUGUCUGUAAACUUUGUUCAAAAGUCUUUUUAUAUUAUUGUUACAGAGAUAGUAGUUAAUAGUGGAAAGAUUUUAUCGAUAGUCAAGCAAAAAUAACUUUACCACCAACACAAUAUGAUGUUAAUGUUUUUCUAAUCACAUUAUUUCCACGUUAUUUAUAAUAUUUCUUAUUGAUGAAGGCACUUCAAAUUUUGUUACGAAUCUGUUAUGCAUUUAAAUGUUUAAGCAUAUUUUUAUUAACACAUGUAUUUAUUAAUUGAUGUAUUUUAUCCAGAAAUAAAAUAUUUUGAAGCAA